CUUUCGAAUUCUUUUCCUCCAGCCUUUCAUCACUUUACCGAGCCGCAGUUGUUCAGGUCUUGAUUGGUGCCGACGUCUCUUCCCACCCCUUCUUCUCAUACAAAAUUUUCGCACAUUCUCAUCGACAAUUUCAACCGCGAAAAUGUCUUUCCAAAAGCCAGAGAAGGAUUUCGGCGAGGGGCCAAAAAUCCACAAGAUCCGAAUCACCCUCACCUCUCGCAAAGUCCAAUCUCUCGAGAAGGUCUGCACCGAACUCCUCGAGCGCGCAAAGUCCAAGCACCUCCGCGUCAAGGGUCCGGUCCGCCUGCCCACCAAGACCUUGAAGGUGACCACCCGCAAGACCCCUUGCGGUGAGGGUAGCAAGACCUGGGACAUGUACGAGAUGAGAAUCCACAAGCGUCUCAUCGACCUCAACGCCCCGACCGAAGUUGUCAAGCAGAUCAUCAUCAACAUCGAAGCCGGUGUCGAGGUCGAGGUCACCAUUGCCGCAUAAAGAAGUGUGGAAGUAGCUGUUGUCAGCCAGGAGUCACCUUAGCAUGACAGACAGGGCCAGGGCUUAGUCAACGCCAACGCGAGCGGAGUAAGGUCUUGUGAGAUCAAUGCAGAAUUCAGACACAGCUCGGAGACUUGAGCAAAAUUCAAAUACUCUGCUUAAGCAAACGAUCAAUGGAGUGUUGAAUCGGUUCAGAAAUGUUCAAUUAUGGUUCUAAUUUUGCGUUUUCGGGCUAUACACCAGAGUUCUCCGUCCACCAUGCGUACACCAUGCGCGAAAGUAGAUAUCUCCCGCAACCUUCGGUUGCAAUCGCAUCCAUACUCGCAC